AUGGGGCUCACCCGUGCUUUUAAUCGAGAUGUCUUUGUGUCUGCGGAACGAGAUCAUGGCGCGAGCUUUGAUAAGUACACUUUUGAUGGACAUUACCUCCGGCGCAUUAUGCUUACGACUCACCAAUGGGAGGACCUUGUGAUUCGCAUUGACGAAGUCACUACGACGAAGAAACGAAAACAAGUCAAGGAAAUUGCAAGGAAUGAAGCCCUUGAGAGUAAAGGUGACAAGCUGUGCAGGGACGCUGAGACGUCAGUCAUGAAACGAACUCACGAUUCCGUUGGCAGCGUAAGUGAGGACGACGGGGAGUCCCCGCUUAGUGAGUUGAGGGAGUUCGAAAAAGACUCCACGCGGACAAGUAUGAAUACCGCAUAG